AUGGGGGGAAGUUAUGUGGAGCAAGCUCGUGAGAAUCACGUCAAGAAGAAGGUCGAAGAAGCUCUGCGUAGCAAGAUGAAGGCAAAAGCAUUAAGCGAAUGUGACGAGUUCGUUUCCAAGUAUGCUGAAUGCGCAACAGGAAGAACAUUUUCUGUGGUAUGGACAUGUCGUAAGCAAGCUAAGGAGCUCAACACUUGCCUCCAUGAAUUCACUAAUGACGAUGUCUUGGAGAAAAUGAAGAAAGAGUACAUGCUUCAAGAAGAGGGCAAAGUCUCGGCGUCGACCAUUUAA